GUCCUCCGGUCCAAACCAAACGGGUUUUCUUACAUAAACGGAACCCACAGGUCUGAUAAAUGUGGGAGUUGGAGUGGCAAAGCGAGCCGCAGCUUCCAGCUCCUCAGCUGUACUCUGUGAUGUAACAGGAAGUGGUGGGUUGACUUCCAACGUCAAGCUGACAGCCGUCUCAGCUCCCCUCACUGAGCGCCGGAGAUCCGCUGCGGACGGUACCCCGACACCAAAGAAAGAAAGAGAGCACCCGACACACGAAGAGCCUUUUGGGGGAUUCAUUUAGAGUCGAGUCCGCUUCAGAGCAACCACCCCCCUGCUGCUGCUGCUGGGCUCAUCUCUGAUCAGCAGCUGGGAAAUCGUUGUCUCGCGCCCCCCCCCAAAACCCCGACAUGGCCGUGUGGAAGCCGGACCGCUUCGGAUGGAGCUGGAUGGUGGCUCUCGUACUUCUGAGCAGUCCAACUAUGGUGAAGGCAAGUCCUGAUGUCAAUGAAAGUGAACACCAGCCAACAAAUGUUUACCACGACAUCGGGGUCACCAGGAACAAGAUAGUGACCGCGCAGUUUGAGUGCUAUCAGAAGAUUAUGAAGGAAAAUCCUCAAAGCAGACAAGAGGCCAUGUGUAAUCGCACUUGGGACGGCUGGCUGUGCUGGGAUGACACGCCUGCGGGGGUCACUUCAGAGCAGAACUGCCCCGAUUACUUCCAGGAUUUUGAUCCGUCAGAAUUGGUUACAAAGAUUUGUACUGAAAGCGGUAACUGGUUCCUCCAUCCUGUGAGUAACAGGACCUGGACCAACUACACCCUCUGCAAUGAGCGCAUCAACGAAGGCAGAAUGACUGCGAUGAACCUUUUUUAUUUGGCCCUCAUAGGACAUGGAUUGUCUUUGGUCUCCCUCUUCAUAUCUUUGGCGAUCUUUUUCCAUUUUAAAAGUCUGAGCUGCCAAAGAAUCACCCUUCACAAAAACCUCUUCUUCUCAUUCGUCCUGAACUCCAUCAUCACCAUCAUUUGGCUGACCGCCGUGGCCAACAACCAGGACCUGGUGCAGAGGAAUCCGACAAGCUGUAAAGUCUCCAUGUUUAUUCAUCUGUACCUCUUCGGCUGCAAUUACUUCUGGAUGCUGUGCGAGGGCAUCUAUCUGCACACUCUUAUUGUGGUGGCCGUGUUUGCUGAGAAGCAACACCUGAUGUGGUACUAUCUCCUGGGCUGGGGAUUUCCUCUUAUUCCAGCUUCCAUACACGCUAUUGCUCGGAGUUACUACUACAAUGACAACUGCUGGAUAAGCUCCAAAACAUCCCUGCUCUACAUCAUCCACGGUCCCAUAUGUGCCGCUCUCGUGGUCAACGUCUUUUUCCUGCUAAACAUAGUGAGGGUUCUCAUCACGAAGCUGAAGGUAACCCACCAGGCGGAGUCCAGCCUCUACAUGAAGGCAGUGCGGGCAACCCUCAUCCUGGUCCCUCUUCUGGGGAUCCAGUACGUCCUGCUUCCCUACAAGCCGGGUGGACGGGUCUCCUCUGAAAUCUACGACUACAUCAUGCACAUACUGAUGCACUACCAGGGUUUGCUUGUGGCCACCAUCUUCUGCUUUUUCAAUGGAGAAGUCCAAGCGGUUCUGAGGCGGCACUGGAACCAGUACAACAUCCAGUUUGGCAGCAGCAUAGGGAACCACUCGGACGCCCUCCGCUCCGCGUCCUACACAGCCUCCUCCAUCACAGAGGUCCAGGGCUGCUACUCCAUCGACGGCCACACGGAACACAUGAACGGCAAGAGCUGCCACGACACGGAGCGCGCAUCCAUGUUGAAGUCAGACAGCCCGUUCGCCUGAGGGCUUUCUCGCUGAACUUAGUCCACACUUCCAUCCCUCUGAGAAGCUGUGGCGUGUUUUGGGGCGACUGUGGACACUCCUCCUCUGUAUUUAUACAAAACCAGAGUGGAAACAAAAGAAGGAUCGUAUUGGAAGCUCGACGCUUCCAUUACAUUGAUGAUUUCCUGAAAGUGAAAGGUGAGCUCCUUAUCCCAAUAAUGGGAUUAUCCCAGCAUUGUAAACUAUUUUUUUCCCUCGACAACUAUGUCUGUGACUGAAUGAAUUAUUAGUAAAUGCUCAUUUAUUCCUUUUUUUCACGUGAUUUUGUGCACAAACCAGCCUUUUGGAUACACUGUGAACUCUUUCUGACACGGUUUUGCCAAACUAAGAGUAAAUUGCCUUCCUCCCCAUUUUUUUCUUCAUAUUUAAAAAUAUAUAUAUAAAAAAAGGGAAAUAGCCAAGAGGUGUGAUGUAAUAUAUGAUUAUUCUUUUUAUAUACUGUAUAUUUAAAACCUAAUUUAUCUCAAGUCUUGUGCAUUAAAUAACAGAAUAGCACAAGUGUUUAUAAAAAUAGGACACUUUUAUUAACAUUUACACAUUUAAAACCUAAUGUGACUUUUUUUCUCAGUAAUCACACACAAACUGUCCUUAUGGCACAUAAUUAAGAUGUUUCGGAGCUGGAUCGUGUCCACUUGCUUUGAUCCAAGCAGCCAAAGAGACGCUCUCGAUCUUCUUUGGAACGAAACAUGCUGACACUUAAAUACCAGUGGGGAAUUGUGGGAAGAUUUGACUGCAAGAGAAGAAGUACAGGCUUUACACUGAAUGAAGGCAGACAAAAGCAGCGAUAUUUAUCACUGAAGUCAAAAGUUUUACCAUAUGAAACAUAUGGUUGUGUUUUAAAACAUCAAGCAUCAGGAAAUACUCAUCACUUGUGCAUAUUGUAGAAUGUCACCCUAAUGUUUGAAGUGGUGGUGUUUUUUUCUUUUACAUUUCUUUGUCAAUUGAAUAUUCCGGCAGAUCAUCUGUUUUCACCUUAGCAACACAUAAAGACCAGCCCUUAGACUUCCGGAUUGAAGCUCAUUCAUUUCGAGGUCACCUUUUCAAAUUGACAAAAAAUAUCUAUUUUUUAAAUUUGCUCCAAAAUUCUCCAACAAUACGAAAAUAUGCUUCUGGUUUCAAAACUAAUUCUCGUCCUUGUGACUAACAUCUAUAAUCGAUUUAGAAAAUUGUAAAUUACGUUCAAUUUUAAUUAACUCUGUAGUUUUAUAUAAAUUUGUCUUUAAGAAUCCCCUUUUUAUUGGCAGGUGACCAUCUUUUGCUAAGCUCUACGACCAUUUCUUGUUUCCAAUCAUUGACUGUAUAAGAGAACUGGACCUAGUAUGACAUUACCUAAAGGAAACGGUUUUCUUCUGGCUCAAACAAAAGGAAGCCGCCGUUUUUUUAUGAUACUGACACCGUCAUGUUGGAACGUGUCGGUAAGCUGUGAUUGGUCUGAGUCGGUCUGAGCCGACGUUUCCAUGACAACCACUCUCGCCAAUCAGGGUUGAGCUGGUUUGAAGGCCACACCCAUUCCACUUAAAAGCGAGCUUGGGAGAACCAAUCGAACACAUUCGAUGUGAGGUCGUAUACUUUAACUGAUGCAUCUGAUUGGUCAGUUUAUAGCUUGAAUAACUUCUAUUAUCAUGGGAUUAUCAAGAACGUUGAAAAUGGUAACAGAACAAGAAUAGUAAUUCUGACAAAUAGAAUGAGUAUUAGUUGUUUAUUUCUCAAUAGAAGUCUAUGGGAUUUUGGCUUCUUGUUGCCAUUGGGCACUUCCUGUUUGGAACACAAGAGAGGGAGGAGUGAUUCAGUCCAGUUCUAAUAUACAGUCAAUUGUUUCAGCAUCUAUAUAUUCCUCUUGCCUGCAUGCAAAUAAAAAAAUCAAUACACUACAAAUCAAAAUGUCAUGUUAAACCUUCACUUAUUUACAGUCGAUUUUAUACCAUGACUCAUGACAUAUACAGGCUCUCCAUAUGUUGAGGCCUUUAAUUUGUAUUAUGCGGCACAUGUCAGGUUACAAGAAGCACAGCAGGUGAGCGCCUCUCAACACUCGGAAAGGAACGCAUCACAACAUGGUCAAAGCACACGGUGGCUAGCAAGGAAGAUUUAACUGUUGACCUCAGUCCAGGUGACUCAUCCCAUCCUCACGCCGUCAUAUCAGUAACACACCAGUGAUUUACCUCCAACAUGCCCUGCUUUUCUCCACAAAUACCAGAGUCAACAGUGCGCUGCUUGGCAACGAGGACUCAGGAUGCAAAUAGCAUCCUUAUAGCUGUGGAAAAAUACCAAACACGUAUAUGUGCGUCACCUGCAUGUGCCGGCUUUAAGAAGGGCUAGCGUCUUGUGCAACCGGUGCAGAAACACCGUUUGUUGAGAGUUUCCAAGUGUCCAUUUCUUACAUCUCAGGAUAUUUUUUUUUAAUCAAAUUUUUAAUAAUCUUUUUACGAAUCAAACUAAAAAUUAUUUACUUUUCACAUAGCAUUGAAUUGAAACAAUUACCUACUGACAGAGAGAAUUUAACAAACAAAAAAGAAAAAGUAUUUUAAAUUAUUAAUUAAAAUUAACAACUCCUUUUUUCAACAUACAUGAGUCUAAAGAUGAAUUGGUCCUUUUGAGCUGCAGUAUGAGUCCUUACACAUUGACUUUGUGUGCUAAAAUCUUAAAUCUUAAACUGUUUUUAGUGUUCUAACAUGUUCCUGUAAUAUUUAUCUUAUGGUGGAAGACAAAUAUCAAGAAAAUUAAGCUCAAAAUUGUAUUUUUGGGUAUUUCUUUAUUCAAAUCGUUGUGAAUCAGGUGCACAAAAAAUGUAAAUUUCACAAUUCAGAGGAAAAUCUCAAACGAAAUACUGCUGCUCUGCAGAAACUAGUCCUAGAAAACAACAUUUUGAUUUGGGCUAAAAAUGAUAUAAUCAAUGCUAGCAGAAAAUGAUCAGAGUGGGUCUUUGUGAAUGACAUCUCAAAUGAUACAGAUGCUCUGCAUUUACUCUUAUUAUUUAGCAAAAAAAAUUUAUAUAUCUGCUUUAGCAUAUUUUCAAUGAUGCUGGAAACACGAUCUAUCAGCCGGUGUAAAUAGUUUUGUGAAUGCACAGAAGUUGAACUCGUAGGAGAAUGCGUGCAUGAUUUAUGCAUUCGGUUUCUAAAUGGACCCAGAAGCCAUCAGCUGCACUUUCAGGUGUUUUAGAAAAAGGGUGGCGUUGCUCAUCAGCGAAGCCAUUUCGAACUGGAUCUGUGUCCCGCUUUAUCAAGUGUCACCGCCACUUCUAGACCCUUACACGUAUGUGUGUCCUCCGCUUUUCCUGUGUUCAACAGCAUGAAGUGGUUGCCUGGUUUCUGAUGAACACAACGGCCUCAGAGUCCCUCUGUUAUUGAUAUAACUGUGAUCAACGAAAGCAUUUGAUUCCUAACGGAGCUUAAACAGAAUGAAUGAACUUUUAUGUUUUGUAUGUUCUUUUUCAAAAUAAAAGCAUUUUUUUUAUGUCAGUGAACUGCGACAGCUCAAACCUGCAGUUUCUGCCCUUUUAUGUCAUGAAAUGAUUUCUGCACACAAGCAGAAUCAUAGUCUUUGAUGGAAGUUAUCUAUAAUACAUCCCGACAGCUCUUCAUGAAGUCCUUAAUGUCCUAGUAAAUGUUGUAUGGAAAAUAAAAGCAUUUACAGUGUCUGUGAUUUGUAUUUAUCAUGUGGUUAACUUUGACACGUUGACUCCACACUGCUGUUUGAAUGUACAAAAAAAUAAGGUAAAAGUUUUGUUUUAACUUUCGGGAUGUGAAGAAAUAUAUAUACUGUACUUAUAAUGUCUCUUUUUUAUUAUCUGUGAAUCAGACAAUGUUGCUAUCUUGUGUGUAGUUGCAUACCAAUACAGUAUAGCACAGAAAA